AUGAACUUAAAGAAGCUCUUUUUUUAAACAAAUAAAAAGCAAUUAGCUGCUUUAAUAACCAUCUGCAUUGUUUAUGGUAUUCACGGAACUGUUUUCAAUAGUAUUCCCUUUAUGUUUUAUAGGCCAGACAUAAUAUGCACAAAAAGUGAUGGAGUUCAAUACAAAUGUACUGAAGAAGAAAUGUGUAAAUUGAGAAAAUAAGACAGCUCUUUUUAAUAUCACUUCGAACCUUAUAACGACAUCCUAAGUAUACCUAUUGAGUAUGACUUAUUUUGUGACAGAAAAGUAAUGGAAGCUUCUAUGCAAACAUUAUCUACUAUUGGUUAAUUAUGCGGUUUCAUUCUUUCAUUUGUCUGGAACGUCCCAACUCAAAAAAAAUUUAAGGUCAUUUUGAUUACUUUAUACACUGAAGCUUUUUGCUUGAUUUCUUUAAUGCUAUUUGACAGUCUCUUUUUUGUUAAUUUUGCAUUGUUUGCUUAAAACUUUUGCUUUUCUUAUUUCUAUGCAAUUUUAUUUGUAUUUGCUUCAGAAUAUUUUUGUGAUACAAUUGCAGAUGCUGCUCCUAUUUUAACCAACUUUUUAUGGGCUUUCACUAUGAUAAUAUAUAUUACUUACGCAUAUUUUAAUGUCUACUGGCGUACUCAUUUAUCUUAGUUCAGUGGUAUCCCUCUCUUGAUCAUGACUUGCAUUUUCCAUUAUUACUGUAGCAAAGCCCCCAAGCGUUUUGAAGGUGGUGAUGGUUACACUUUCAAUGACUCCUUAAUAGCUGCUGAAGAGUCUUAAUAAUAAGGUGGAAACGGCCACACAAUUAAAUAAGAACCACGCUAAGAAGGAGUUUCUGUCAUUUAAGAGCUUUUGGAGCGUAUGAGAGAAAUUAAAAGUGACAAACAAUAAUUUAAAAAUUUAAUAGUUUAUAUGGUUUGCAAUGCUGGUUGUUAUGUAAGCUAUUUUGGUGUUUAUUUAGCUAUGAACAGACUCGAAGGUAAUUUAUAUGUAAACAGUUCAGUUUCAACUAUGUUUGAACUUUCUGGUGGAAUCUCUGCUGCUCUAUUAGUUUCUCGCUUUAAGCAUAAAUAAAUCCUCUUUUACACCUACGUUCUCAUAGGCUUUUCUUAUUUAUCAUGUCUUUUCUUUUAAAAUAGCUAAACUUUGGAGAACUUUGGUGUCUUAGGUUUAAUUUUAUCACUUCUACCUAUUAUUGUCUCUAAAGCAACUCAUGAAAUGCUUUUCCCUAUUUUUAUUUUAUAUCUACCUAAACUAUUAAAAUAAAAAUAUCACUAAUUUGCAUUUGCAGCUGCUAAUUUAAUUGGAGUUCUUACCAUGAAUGUACUUCCAUUUUAUCAAUAUUUUAUGGAAAUGUACUAGUUAAACUAGUUUGUUGGAUAUGGGCUUUUUAUGUUUGUUGUAGUUUUUCAAAUUGGUAAAAUUGUGGAAUUAGAUUAUGAAUCUCACUUAAGAGUUAAAGAAUCAUCUAUGUUUAAAAAGAAUUCUAACUCAUCUGAGAAUAAUCACGUUAACAUACAAAUGGAAAAUAUUGUAACAUUAAGUAAAUGA